GUGGCAGAGAGACUAAAGGUCACAGCCGCUCCCUCGGAUCCUCCCAACCGUGCCGAUGGCCCCACGCUCCCCCGACGACAUGGCCGCGCCGCCCAAGGACAUGUACUUUGGAAAGUACGUGUCCCAGGUAGGUUCCAAGAACCUGAAGCUGUACACGUACAAAGGAACGGACCAUUCGCUUAUCUACAAGCAUGUGCUGACCCCGAUGAACAACUACCUCAUCCAGUUCAUCCCGCUGUGGCUUGCGCCGAACACGAUUACAUUGUUGGGACUCAUCGCUGUCACGGUAUCCCACGGGAUUGUAGCGUCGCACUGCCCCAACUUGGAAGGCGACGCCCCGACGUGGGUGUACGUGUUCUCGGCCGUCGCGCUCUUCUUCUACCAGACACUCGACAACCUUGACGGAAAGCAAGCCCGGCGCACUGGCACGUCCAGCCCGCUCGGCCUCCUUUUCGACCACGGAUGCGACGCAAUCAACUGCACGGUCGGGAGCAUGACGAUGUCGGCCGUGGCUCAGUUCGGCGUUGGCUGGAAGAGCGUACUCAUGGUGUUGUGGAUCAAUUUUGCGUUUAUCGGGGCCACGUGGGAGGAAUACUACACCGGGUCGCUCGAACUGCCCAUCAUCAACGGGCCGACGGAAGGUGUGCUCAUCGGGGUCACGUUGAAGCUCGUCACGGCUGCGUUGGGCACGGGCUUCUGGCGCGAAGAAACAUUCGUCGACGGUAUUCAGAACAACACGUUGUUUUUGUUUUUGAUGCUGGCCACGAGCUCCAUCACGGUGCUGGGCAACAUCUACAACGUGGCGCAAACUGUGUCCAAGCAAAAGAGCUCGCUGGUAGUCGCCAUGACACGACUAAUUCCGUUCGCCUUGUUCAACGGCCUUGCCAUCUUCUGGGCACUCCACUCUCCGUCGAACGUCCUCAGCGUGCACCCGCGCAUGUUCUUGUGGACGACCGGGCUCCUCAACAGCAAACUUCUGCUUCACUUGAUGCUCGCCCACUUGUGCGAAGAAGAGUUCCACCCGUUCCGCAAGACGCUCGUCCCGCUCUUCUACGUGGCCGGCCACUACAUUUUCUGCCAUGUCCAAGGCAUGCUCGUGGUCGGGCAAGAGGUCGAGUCGCUGCUCGUCCAAGAGUUUUUUUACAUUUCGCUCGCGUCGUACGUACACAUUGUGUUCACCGUCAUCAUGGAAGUCAAGACCGUCCUGAACAUUCCCGUGUUCACCGUGCCUGCGGAGAAGCAAAAGGCCCGGUAGAUGUCACCCCCUUGAAUGCACGUUCGUUCGCAUCUC